AUGAUAUUACGGCACUCUCGCCGCCUGUUGGCGAUGGAGGGGGAGCGCAAAUUCACAUUUCCAAGCACUCCAGCAACUCUCAGUACUGGCGGCGUGCCCUUCUAUGGUAAUAUUUACGCAGGACGUGUUGACACACAAAAUUAUGUGCCUCCACCACAAGAGGGGUCUGGACUUAUCAAACCAAACAGUAGCGCGUGGGACGACCCUCAGGUGCGCUCUAAGAUUGAGCGGUGCCCGUAUUUUGCGCUCUGCGAUCAGGUUGUAUGGCACAAUAUGGAUCCAGCUUACUUGGACCCCGGCCUCCUUACAAUGGAGGAGCACCAGUUGCUGCUACUAUUUAGCCGUGCAUACUAUGAAAAGUGGAAGUUAAUCCACAAGCGGCCGCCCAAUGCUCUUCCACGCGUGCGCAUUAAGUACGGGUCCACCGUUCUUUUAGAAGAAAUGUUGGAGCUCAUCGACGUUCCGGUGCCCGUGCGGCGUGCACUGGUAAGGGAGUUUCAGGUCGACGACGCCUCCCUUAUCGCUAUGGACCCCGACUGCUGGUCAGCCGCGUACCUCGACCCGUUUAACAGGGAUCAUUUUUCCGGUCGCGUGCUGGAGUUUGCUGACAUGAGUGAGGCUCAUCGUGAGAAGUUCUACCUCCUUCUGCGGCAGAUGCGUCGUAUUGUUGUGGUGCGACGGGAUACACCAGAAGAGGAGCGGUUGGUGCUACCCUUUUCGUCUGGUAUAACAUUGUAUGACCUUUCUAAAUAUUUAGGUAUUGAGCCGUACGGUGGUCAACUGAAGGUUUACGAUUAUGUGGACCUCCAGAAGACACAACAGGUGAUUACACUGAAGGAUGAGGACAGUUACUUUGACUACCUCGUCACGACUUUCUUUAAGGCAAACCUCCGCAACGCCACCCUUAGCGACGUUGCUGACGACAUGGACAACACAGCGCGGUACACCAUUACCGUGGAGCCCUUCACUGUUGCCGAGAGGCGCAUCGGACGAUGGUUUUGA